AUGCCGCUACAAUCGAGCACUGCUCAGUAUCGCUUCUCUCCCCCUGCUCCUCCCUUUAUUGCCGUGGGUCCGACCUGGUUGAGGACUGCGCCGGGGCGGGCUCUGCGCGCGCCCUUCCCCCCGCGGGCCGCCGCUUUCCCGCCCUCUCUCCCCGCGGGGCCGCGCGCGCUCCCGGCUCGCGCCCGGCCCCGCCCCCGGGAGCCCAAAGGCGGCCGGGCCCGGAGCGGCUCCCGGCGGAGUCACCCCGGGCCCGCCGCGCUCCGCCCGCCCGAGGAGCUCUCGCUGCCCGCAGGGAGCCGAGCGGGGCCCGCCGGCCGCGGGACUGCGGCAAAAAUCGGCCCGUGGCGGCGGCGGGGCCCGGAGAGCCGCGCCCCAACAAAGGGCCCGGUCAGGCGUGGGGGAAGAGAGCGGUUCGUGCUCCCCCUGCUACGGACCAUGUGAUGAGACUGAUGUGUUGAUAAAGGAGCUGAUUUACGUGUCUUGAUGCUCAACCUAUGACAAAAACC